AGUGAGUCUAGGUACUUACUAGUUAUGAUUAACUUAAACUUGAUCCUCGGAGCCUACGUUGUCUAAUUACUAUCCUCAGUUCCUACUAGCCUAAUUGCUUAGUUCCUAGGUUACUAAGUCUAAGGAUCAUCGUCCAUCCUUGUUCUGAAAAGAAAAAUGUGAUUCCAUGCCUACGUCUAAAAAUGUGAUGCACAGUCCUCCCUCGUCUGGUCUUCCACGCCUACGUGUGCAACCAAGAAAACAAGAAAGACUCUCUGAAGAAGAAAGACACCCACUACAGCUAGAGGGACAUUAUUUUGAUUGUACUUGUAGCGGACAAGACACGUGAAGCUGAAUCUGAACCACAAGCAUCAGCAUCGUCCCUACGAUGUCUUCCGCCGCUGUGGAAUUUGAGGAGGUCUGGCAGGAUCGCGAGAUACGGUUCGACUCCGCACCUCAGAUACAUAAGCUAAGGAAAGGCGAGUUCCAGAUAGACUCGAUCAAUGCGGUUGAGGAUACGAUUAAGGCUCGAAAUAAUUCAUUGCCAAGUGUCAUUUUAUGCUGUAAGUAUUCCUCUUGGGAUUCUCGAGAAAGGAAGGGAAGAAGCGAAUUAACUUUUGAGCUCUAAUACGAAAGGGAACAAUGGCGAAAGGGGAAUGCUUAUCGUAACCAACCUGAGAAUCUUGUGGACCUCUGCGAAGAGCGCAAGAACAAACUUGAGCAUCGGUUUUAGUUGCGUAACGGGCAUAAACAUCAAGCUUGUGAAUAGCAGGCUGAGGGGGAAUACGCAGGUACUUUUUAUUUGUACAACUUACAAUGCUUUUUUACUAUGUUGUUCAGAUUGGCUUAGGUCCAGCGAUGCUUAAAGCACAAAAACAAAAAUAAACGGUUAACUUUUCCCUCAUAUCGUAGCCUAGGAUGUGCUAGGUUUAUCACAUCAAACAAUACGUGGUUCCUAUUUGUACAACUUACAAUGCUUUUCUACUAUGAAUGUUCCUAAGAAGAACAUCAAGACUUCUGCUCAAGUUGUCGUUCGACGCGAUGUUGCCAGAACGUUCGAUGGUGCAAGUACAUCCACUCAGCCUUAAUAUAACAUAAUAACUACAGGCCCUUUUCGUGAUGACGAGGUAUAACAACACGCGCUUCGAGUUCAUCUUCACCUCUCUCGUCCGCAAUUCGCCACGCCUCUUUACCACAACGCAAGCAGUGUUCAAGGCGUACGAUUCUUCGAAGCUGUACCGCGACUUGAAGUUACGAGGUGCGAUCAUAGCAAAUAAGGAACUGUGCGUGUUGCCAAGCGAACAAAUCUUCGAGAGGAUAAACGGCAUAUGGAACCUGUCGUCCGAUCAGGGGAAUUUAGGGACGUUUACGAUAACGAACGUAUUCUUGUACUACUUCUGGGUAUAUCAUCAUCAACUUCUUUUUAGUUUGCAGUUAGUAGCAGUUGUAAGUAUCUCACCAGAAACUAACAGUAGCAUUCGUCGCUAAUAAAUAUAGCUUGUUCAACAUCUUGCGCUCUCACUUUGACGUCGUCAUCUCGAAGUCACAGAAAAUUAGCUGCCGGGUGUCUUCGUGAAAACUCACCUAUCGACAUCCAUCCCCCGGUCUCGAGAAUCACACUCUCAGGUUCGGAUCGUCUGGUUCGCCGCUUUAGCAGAAAAUUUCAACGUGAGCAUACCGUAUAUGCAAAUCAAGUCCAUUAACGUCAGGAAUUCGAAAUUUGGCCAGGCACUAGUUUUGGAAACAACGCCUGGCUCAGGGAGUUAUAUACUAGGCUUUCGCGCGGACCCUGUAAGUCAUCUCGAGGAAAUUAGGAAACAGAUCACGAAACUGUGGAAGGUACUGCUAGACGUUUUUGAUGUACUAGUUGUAGUCGCAUGCUGAAUGAUUGAUGUAGAUGUUCUUGUCUCUAUGUAUUGGCAAAAAUCGUAUGUAUGAUGAUUGGUGUUGGUGACGAAGAUGUAAGGAGGUGGCGCUGGUGAAAGAAGGUGCGAGAAGAAAAAUGAGAGGAGAAAGAAGAACGUAACACAAGUCUCGAGAAAAUGUUGUCUCAGUCUCAGCGUGAACAUUUUCUUGAUAAGUAAAUGGUAGAUUGCCAUUACUCAGGUAACAAACGAGUGUCAUCUCUUCAAGGAAACGGACCUCAAUUCAAUGAACCUCCAAUCAAUAUGAAAUACUUCUCCACCAGAUCUUUUCUCAAACGCCUAUAUCCCACCAGAUCUUUUCUCAAACGCCUAUAUUCCACCAGAUCUUUUCUCAAUCGCCUAUAUUCCACCAGAUCUUUUCUCAAUCGCCUAUAUUCGGUUUGGAUUUUACAGUACAGAAACCCGAAGACGAGGAGGACAACAACACCACUGCUGGGAAAGCCACAGCUGCGCCAGUCCCUGUUCCGCGGAAAGAAGAUGAUAUCGAAGUAGUAGAGUUACGGCUCACCUUGUUGGUGAAGUUGAUUUAUCAAGAAGAGACUCAUCAUCUUGAGAAGAUGUUGAUUCAUCUUGGAUUUGUGUCAACACUUUCACUUUCCAAUUAGCCGCGUCAACACUACAUGAUGCCGAAUAUGCAUUUCUCAAGAUGAAUUCAUUUUUCAGGCAACAAGGUCCUCUAAUGAAAACGGAAGAGGUCGAAGCCUCUAUGCUGUAUCAUGCUGACGGGGACCGAGAGUAUAUCAAUCAAGAGCCGGUUUUUAACCCCGAAAUAGGCCUGGCGAUGGAGAAACUCAAAGAUGGUGUCACACUGGAAAAACUGUGGAGCGUUUUGUAG